CCGAGCAUUAUUGCACUUAUACUGUACAUUUUUAAAGUAUAGUUAACCCUAGCCAUUAUAUUAUCUUUUUUAACACGGACCGUUACAGCGCACAACAUUUCCACAGUUGCCUGACGUAAACAUAUAUUAUGAAUCAAGCUAAUGUUAAAAGCUAGCAUGCUGGGUUGCUAACUCAGCUAGCUUGUAGCAUAUUAGCUAGCUAGCUGCUGUUACAUUGUAGUGUAGGCACUCUUCUUCUCCACUCGGAUAUAUAACGCUAUGUCAAUAUGGCACGUAGGAAAGAAGUAUUUCAAUCAAAAGUGCUCAGGAGGCUUUACCCUGCAGCUCCCAAGCAGCAGAAGGAACCCAGCUCACCAAGCAUUGUAGAUGCACUAUCCAAAAACACACAUGUGAAGAGCAAAGCCUCUCAACAGGACACUGCCAUUGAUGCAGGGACGACACAGAGUGCAGACAAUCCGGGCAGGCGGAUGUACACAGCCUUACCUCCUCCUGCAGACUACAAACGAGAUUCAGAGAAAUCCGUCACACUCUCCCAGUUAGAGAGCAUAAAUAGUGCAGAGGACCCAGCUGAGGAGAGCAGCCAUGACAGCAGCGAAGAACUAGACCAAGAUAAAGAGGAAGAACAGAGAAGAAGAAGAAAGAGAAGAAGGAAAAGGAAACCAACCCUUCAUCAAGACUCUGGGGAAGGUGGAGCAGCUUCAGUGAGUGAGCCCGGCACAGGUCAGAGUCAGACACAUGUGGAUGAGGCAGGAGAGCAAAUGAGCAAGAACAAGAAAAGGAAGCUGAAGAAGAAACGGCACAAAGAGAAGCUGCUCUCCAUGGGUCUGAUGCCCCGAGCAGCUGCUCUGGAGUUCACAUACCAAAAAGAUGUGGAGGAGGAGGAAGAGGAUAAUGAAAGGAGAGCAGCCGAGGUGUCAGACUUUCUCAGGACAACAAUGGAAAUCUAUAUGUCUGAUUCCUCCUCUCGUUUAGACCAGCUGCCCCUCCUGUCUGGGACGGUGGAGGAGCUUCUGAACAGCGUGGCCAGGGGAUGUCGGCCCACCUCCCUCCUGAAGCAGCUCUACAGUCUGAAGGCCUUAGUCCAGCAGCAGGAGGCAGACAAACUGGAAAAAGCCCUGCAGGAGCUCCACAACACUUCUCCUCUGUCUGCAGUGGAAACCGCUGCAGUCGCUGCACUGUUCCAAUACUGGAUCACAGACAUUCUUCCUAUGCAAGGAGACAAGAAGACAGAGCUCUCUCCUGAUGCACCCAGGAGGAUGUAAAUCACACUGAAAAGAGACUAUACUGAAGGAUUAUUUCCAAUGUGGUGAUGCUGCAUAAUAUAUUUUGUUAUAAAAUAUUUUUUUCCAUUUA